AUGUUCAUCGUAUUCACUUCCGGAACAACCAUGGUCCCAGCUGCAGAUGUUGUACCUCCAUGUAGGGAGCACUGCUUCAUGUUUCUCAAACAUGAAGACACUUAUGCCAAUCGCGAGGAACUGAAGUUGUCAUCAUCUGGUGCCACUAUUAUUUAUGACCGAUUUAACUUGAAUGAAGUCAAUGUCCUUAAAGAAAGAUCUGUUGAUAAUGCUCCCAAACUGAUUGAGGAAGAGAAACGUCAAGUGGUUGUCCCACUUUCGAUUGAAGAAUUGAAGGCUCUAACCUCUGAUUAUACUAAUCAGAAUAAGAUAGUUGCCGUGAAUUGCAAAGCCAACGACGUCCUCACUGAAUGGCAUUAUGAUGGCUGUGAGAAAUGCCUCUGCAAAGUAGAUUCUGAAUCAAAUAAGUUUUACUGCAAGAAGUGUCGAGUGACAAUGAAUCAUUCUUUUAAAAGAUUCAGAAUAGAACUUGCUGUCUCUGAUGUAUCAAGCGAAGCUAUAUUUGUCGUCUUGGAUAAGGAAGGGAAGAGAUUUUUUGGUAUCUCAGCUCAGACCCUAUUUGCUGAUGCGGAAAACGACAUCACUGUUGUGCCAGCUACUAUCGCCAAAAUUCAAAACCUUGAGUUGCAAUUCCUGGUUAUUUUAAAGGAAUACAAUUUCAAAACUUCAGCACAUGAAUUCAGUGUUCUUCAUAUUAAUGAUCUUCAUUCCAACAUGACAACCAUUGACUCUGCUAUUUCACUCCAGCCAUCUCUCUCUGCACUUGAUAAAGCGAAUUCAUCAUCCCAAUCCAUUGCCAGCAGCAUGAGCAGUGAGCAUGAAGUCGCUGAUUUGCUUACAGUGGAGCCCUCUGAAAAUCCUACUCACAACAGUGAGGUCCGAAUUGAUACAGUGGGAGUCGAAAGCUUUUGUGAGAAGUCUAGAGUUGUGUCUGAUGCAGGAGAUGAAAAUCAAGAUCCGAAUACUGCCAGAGAAGCUACAACAUCUGUAAGGAAGAACUAUAAGAGGAAGAGCCAGGAUCAAUUACUUUGA